AUGGAUCAAUACUCAAAUUAUGGUGGUCAACAAGAACCACCUUCAAAUUAUGAAUAUCAACAAUACAACGAUCCGUAUGGCCAAGGUGGGUAUGUAGCUCCAGCGAAUCCUUCAUCGGAAUAUUAUUACGGAGGAUUAGGUGGUAGCGGAGCUAAUGCAAGUGGUGGUACUAAUUACGGUCAAGAUUUAACAUCGGAUAAUUCAUCAUUGUCGUCUGUUCCACCGCCACCAUUUGGUGGUGUGGUACAACAAUCAUCAUUAUCACCACCACCACCUAAAAUGCAAUCAUCUUAUAGAAAUCAUAAUGAAAGUGAUUAUAAGGGUCAGAUGUCAUUUCUUAAUGUUAAAUUAGUUGAUCGGGGCAAAGAUGUAACUGAAGCCAAUCUAGCUGAGCAUUUUGGUGGAAUUGGAAUGUUGAAAAUUGAUAAAAGAACACAAAAGCCAAAAAUAUGGAUAUAUUAUGACAAGAUAAAUGGACUUCCUAAAGGAGAUGCUGCAAUUAGAUAUUUUAAUAAUCAACCAUUUCUUGAUCAGGUUAUAAAAGUUGAAAUGUCAGUACGAAAAAUUUCCGCUGCAGGAUUUAAUAAUGGUGAUUGGGCAUGUGAUUCAGGUGGUAAUUAUGAUCAAGGGUAUGGAAGACAGGGUAAACCGGAUGAUCGACAAGAUCGUCGUGAUAGACAUCGCCCUUAUUAA